AGUCGAUUUUGGGUCGUCCAUGGGGUCAAUGUGCGAGUAAAUUUGGUUUUGUUCUCUCCCGUUUCAAGAAAUUCUUCUGGACUGGAUUUCGGGUUCUGUUCUGUGUCGUUUUAUUUUUUAUUUUCUUUCGUCACUGUGUGUAUUCAGUGGACCGCCUCAGGUUGUCUCACGUGCGAGAAGAUUAAGUGUGAGCAUUCAGCUGAUGGGUGUCAGUGCGCGGGACGUGGUGGAAAACCCAAUAGCCACUGUCGGCUCAUUGCUUUGCCUUCAGUGGAUUUAGUUGUGCUGUGAUUCUCGCGCAAGAAGCCCACAAGUGCUCAAGACGGAACCACAUAAGUUUAUCCGCAUAUUGAAGAGUGAGAGACCACGUCAUACCAAGAAGCGGGUUCUUUUUCACCAAAUUCUGUGAUAUUUGCAUCAUAAAAGAACCUCGCUCUCCCCCCCCCCUCUCCUAUCUACUUCCCCCACCCAGGUGCUAGUUUAAAGUGUCCACAUGAAUGUUGCAAUAAAUUAAAAAGACGAAGAAAUAAAAUAGACAACGUGCAAAGGAGAGAAAAAAAAGAGUAGAGUUAGUGAAUGACUUGCGAGAAUGCGCGGAGUUUAAGUUCUAGAAAAUAUUAAUAAAAAAAAAAUUACGAAAGAUCCCAAAGAGUUAAACAAGAGCCCAAACCAUGCGGAAAGUGAAAAAUACAUCAAGGCUCUGGCUGGGCCUCAGGUCGAGCCAUGCCAAGCUUGAAUCAACAAAAAUGUUCUUCUUCUACGGACCUGCCUUUGCGGACCACAAAGCUUAUGAGCUGAAUGACACAGCGUCCGUGCUGAAGCAUCCGAAAUUCGAUACAAACAAACCCACAGUUCUCUACCUGCAUGGGUAUUUGGAGACAAUGGAUGUGGAGAGUAUUCAGGUGAUUGCAGAUGCGUAUUUGGCGCGAAAUGACCACAAUAUCCUCAUAUUGGAUUGGGCAGAGUUGGCUGAUGGAAACUAUCUAAUUGACGCAUUCCCCAAUCUUAAACCCCUCGCACAUGCCCUUGCGCGGGAAAUACUCAAGAUGGCCAUGGAUGGGAUGAGAUUGGAUAAAUUCCACGUGGUUGGACAUAGUAUGGGAGGUCAGCUGGCCGGCUAUAUUGGACGAGAGGUGAUUAGGCAAUCGGACAAGGGGGCUAAGCUGAAGCGAAUAAGUGCACUCGAUCCUGCCUUUCCUGGUUUCUAUUUCCCACUCAAAUUCACGGGAGCUCUCAGUACGAAGGAUGCCGAAUUUGUGGAUGUUAUCCACACGGAUGCCUGGCUGUACGGGGCUCCCUUUGCCACGGGACAUGUAGACUUUUGGCCAAAUCGCGGCAAAACCCUCCAACCGGGAUGUCCCAAGAGGAACUACAAAAUGCUCACGGACAACGAUCUCUGCAGCCAUCGAAGAUCAUGGAGAUUCUGGGCUGAGAGUGUAACCGAGAAGAAUCGACCAAGUUUCCAUUCCGUCAAAUGCGCCUCCUGGGACAAAUUCAAGAGCGGCGACUACGACACCAACCAACCGGUUGUUCUCAUGGGUAUCGACUGCAUCUCAGGGAUCUCAGGAAAUUACUACCUUCAGACAAACGGAGAGCCGCCAUACUCAAGGGGACCUGCAGGAGCCAACUAUGCCACCUGACACCCUCCGCAUGAUGCCCUUCGCAAUGUUCCAAGUUUUAAUUGUAGAUCAAGCGACACGUGAUUGUCUUGUGUCCAUUUUAUACGCGUGAUUUAAUAAAUUUGUUGAGUCA